AUCUACAAAUCCACCAAUGAUGGCUCCAACAAAUCUCACACACUUCAUAGAAGAAGACAAGCUAAGCCAAGAAUGCAAGGAGUUGAUUCUUUCUCUUCCCAGAGAGAAAGGUUGGAGCACACGUUACAUCUAUCUAUUUCAAGGCUUUUGGUGCCAGGAAAUGGAAAUCCAAGCAAUAAUCACUUUUCAGAAGCACUUCCAAGCUAAAGAUAGUGAUGUUAUUGUUGCCACCAUUCCAAAGUCAGGCACCACUUGGUUGAAAGCUCUCACCUUUGCCAUUGUCAAUCGCCAUCGUUUCACCACAUCAAUAUCACAUCCUUUGCUCACUUCUAACCCCCAUGAGCUUGUGCCUUUCCUAGAAUACACUGUCUAUGGUGAUGCCCCUAAUAACCAAGUUCCAGACCUUUCCAACAUGGCUGAGCCAAGACUUUUUGGCACACAUAUUCCAUACCCUUCAUUGGCCAUGUCAAUCAAGGAAUCCAAUAGUAAGAUAAUUUAUAUAUGUAGGAACCCACUUGACACUUUUGUUUCUACUUGGAUUUUCCUCAAUAAAAUUAAGCCAAAACAUUUACCUGACUUUGGACUAGAGGAAGCUUUUGAUAUGUAUUGUAAAGGGAUAAUUGGGUUUGGUCCAACUUGGAACCAAAUGUUGGGGUACUGGAACGAGAGUUUAGCUAGACCAAGUAAGGUUUUGUUCUUGAAGUACGAGGAUCUUAAAAAAGAUGUCGAAAUUAAUGUGAAAAGAAUAGCAGAAUUCUUGGGUUGUCCUUUCACUGAAGAGGAAGAAAGUAUUGGGAUGAUUGAAAGCAUAAUCAAGUUAUGUAGCUUUGAGAAUAUGAAGGAAUUGGAAGCAAAUAAAUCUGGAACAUUUGGGAGGAACUUUGAGCGAAAAUACUUGUUUCGAAAGGCUGAAACAGGUGAUUGGGUAAAUUAUCUUUCCCCUAAAAUGGCUGAAAAAUUAUCUCAAAUUAUGGAACAAAAGUUAAGUGGGUCUGGCUUAUCAUUUUAGUUAGGGGUAUUCUUAGUAUUGAUAAGUUGCUAGUGAUCACCUCCUAUAGUGAUCAUUAUAUAAGUGUUAAAAAAUAAGAAUGGUGCAUGUGCCUCAUGAGGUGUUGAGUGAUUUUUAAUUUUCGAAUUAGAUUGGAUUUACAAAAUUAAUGUCAAGGACCAUUAUGGUACAUCAGUUAUUACCUUCAAAAUCAAAUGGUUUAUGCAUGUGUGUUAAAGAUAUCAAUAAAAGUUUUUGUGUUGAGUU